GUCAAACGAAAAAUCAUAAAAUUAAAAUGGAAACGUUAAUAUUUUUUAUUUGAUUUAUAGAAUUUGAUAAAAAUAUUUAAAAAAUCCAAAAACGUUUUUUUCUAUAUUUUCAAAAAAAUCAUCAAAAUAUGAUUAAAAACGAUUUUAAAAUAUUUUUUUUUGAAUUUGAAAAAGUAUAGAAUUUAAAUAUUUGCCCAUGGAUUCACUAAUCCAUAGGGGGGGUUAGGGUUUAGUUUUGAUGACCGGGAAAGAUUUAAUUUGGAAGUUUGGAUUAUGAUCAAAAAAAGAAUUAUGUAAUAGGGGUAUAAGAGACUCUAGGAGCCCAUAGGAGAUUUGGCAUUUCAUAUUUGGGGGCACGCCAGAAGUUGGCUCGGUAUGAGCCCAUGUAACAAUAAUUAAGAUAAUUACUAGCUACACGAACAAUAUACCACCUGACUAUACUAACUAUAUAAAUUAUAUGUCAACAUCUCUCUCAACUACUAUGUGUUAUCUUACUAACAUUGUCAGCAUAACUUCGGUAGACAUAAAAGUGUAUUGGAUUUGUAACUCGAUAUUUUUCCAUAAUGCUUUAUAUAUUUAAUAUGUCAUCUCAUAUUUUUUAUGUAUAACGUUGCAUUUUUUAAUGACUGAUCCAUAUGUUUUCAUUUUUUUGAUCAUUUGGAUAUGUCUUACAUAUGUUUCGUUUCUCAAAGAAAUUAUUGUUGGGUGAUGUCAUAUUCUAAAUCUGGCAUAUUUUUCUAAUAUAAAAAUUAUAUUUAUUGUAUUAAUAACAUAAAACAUAUUAGAUUAUGGAUAUUGUCAUGAUUCAUAUAGUUCGUAUAAUUUUUCAUACAUUACUUUUGUCUAGAUGUGUGAUGAUAUAGUAUAGUUUAAGCUUCUUCGAUACUCAACUUUGAGUUACAAAACAUUAACCUACAAUUAUAAACUCUAGUUAUCACUUUCAUUUUUCGACAUCGCAAGGGAGAUAAAGAACAAUAUGCCAUAUAGAUUAAAUCAUAUACUACUAAAAGUGAUAUAAAAUAAAAUUUUAAUAUUGUAAUUCAUAUAAUGACCUAAUAAUGGUACUAGAAUAAAAUAUUUAUGUAUAUAAAUAUCUAUAUAGAUAACUCUUGGGUUACAAUCAUUAAUUAAGGGCUAUAGUCUAGCAGUUUGUUUUUGUGGAAAAACAUUGAAGUACACUUUGUCCUUAAAAUAUUACUUAAGCAGAUAUCAUAACUCUACUCAUUAUUACGGUGCCAAAAAAAAAUCAUUAUUACGGUGAAGCAAAUAUAAUUCCAAUCUAUAUAUAAGCAUCAAAUACUAUGCGUAAACCUACAUCUAGAUUCACACAUCGAAUGACUAAGAACAAUAUGUCAUUCAAAUAAAAUCAAACACUAGUUAUUGUUUCCAAUGAAUCAGACAUGAGAUAGUAAUUGUACGAUAAUAAGAUAUUUCGGUGGUAUAUAUAUAAUAUAGGUCGUCGAUCGAUUACAAAGUACAAUCAUGGGGUCUUGCAUGCUCCAAGAACAGUAAAGUUACGGUCGUUUUCUAUCAAUAACUUAGAAACAUCGGAAUCAAUCGCCUAAGUCCAAUUUGUCUUUAAAUAGCCACAUUUUCAACCUCAAAACUAUAAUCAUUAUUAUUAUUUUCAUAUUACUUCUUGCGUUCAAACACUUAUAAACCUAAGCAUAGUAUAUAUAUAUAUAUAUAUAUAUAUAUUAUUUUAGAUAUGGCAAAGACCCUUCGUGUGAUUUACCUUUUCCUUAGUAUUCUCCUUUUCAGCGAAUUCAUCGGCGAGGCACAGGGUAGUCGUUUGAGGCGUCAUCAUCCACAGGAUUAUUCAUGCAAGAAACGUUCUAGCCAUCAUCAUCACCACCAUCAUCAUAAUCAUCAUCAUUAUCACAAGGAUAAUCCGAAUGAAUCAGAGAGUCUGCAACGAAGCAUCAAGACGAGGAGGGACAAAGAUCUUUACCGUGUUGAUGCUUUCCGGCCCACCGCGCCAGGGCAUAGUCCCGGUGUUGGCCACUCGAUCAAGACUUGAGAAGUUUGAAGUUCUUAAUCUUGGUUUAUUAAAAUCUAUAAAUCUCCUGCUCUUUGUCAUUUUGUAAAUAAAUAGAUUGCGGUAUUUAUUCUCGAAUCUCUACCAUUUCUAAAUUUUAUAUUGUCGAUCAGUGUUAGUAUAUAUCUCGCGCACGGUUCUAUUAUUUACAAGAGGUGUCUUUUUUUGCUAACUGAAAAAUGUUUACAAGAGGUUAUUUCAUAUAUAGCCAAAACAGUAUUACAAAAAAAAAACUCAAUCUCUAUAUAUACUCUCGGGCUUAUGUAUAGAGAUAUUUCUUAGAAUCAUCGAAUGGUUCAAGGCCGAUAAAAAAAAAGUAAAUGUGAAGAGGAUUCACAGCUAUGUUAACUUUAUGUGUAUCCGAUACUUUUACACAAUAAUAAAAAUAUUUGAAAUGCAAUCUACAAAAAAAAUAUAAUAAUUGAGUUGUAAGUUUCGUGUAGCUACAAGAUGUUUUCUGACGUAUACAAAAUUACAAAUAGUGUUGGAGUUAGGCACUUAACUAAAGGUUAGUACAUACGUCAAUUUCAUUUAGCUAACUGUGUUACAACUUUAAGAUAAGUUAAUCUUAGAUAUUUCAUAUAUAUCUGAUCGUUUAUUAGGUAUUUAAUAGGAAAAUAUCUUCCAUUAGCCAUACAUCAAUCCCUUAAUUAGAUUAUGAGUAAGGGUAAACGAUUAGGUAUAUUUCAAUUUCUUUUAGUAAGAUAUGUACAAGCAGUGAGGAAUCAACAUCACUAUAAAAAGAAAAAGCUUUACAAAU